AUGGAUCUCAUACCUUUCAUCUUUCACGAGAAGCAAGAGGGCUCUCUAUGUGCUCAACAUGCUAUCAAUGCCCUGCUGCAAGGGCCUUACUACACUGCGAUAGACCUUGCAGACCUCGCAAGAGAGCUGGAUAGGCUGGAAGCUGAGGCAAUGGGUGAAGGAGGAACCGAUACUGCUGAAUAUGCUACUUUUAUGGCAGCACCAUCAAAUAACUACGAUGACUCUGGUUUCUUCUCGCUCGACUGUAUUCGAAAAGCAUUGACUGUCUGGGGCUUGGAUUUGGAUCCAAUAACAUCGCCAAAUUGCUUGCAAAUCCGUCAAAAUCCUACGGAAGCAAACGCCUUCAUUUGCAAUCUCAAUGAACACUGGUUUACUCUCAGGAAAUUCGGCAUAUCACCAAAGCGUUGGUAUAAUCUGAACAGUAUAUUCUCCUCGCCACAAUACGUAUCGUCCACAUUCUUGUCGUUGCAACUGCAACAGCUCCAGGCUGAAGGGUAUUCCAUCUUUGUGGUGCAAGGUAAAAUCCCACCAUCAGAAGCUGACAAUAUGGCUAUGGAAAUGCUAGAACCGUCAGCCGCUGAUAUAGCUGCCGCCUCUGCUGCAUCCAGUAAACCAGGACCAGCAACACCCUCAUCCACAUUCUCUCGGAAACGAUCAGUUCCCUUUGACGAUGAUCAAGAUCCAGAAUUGAUGGCUGCUAUUAAAGCUUCCUUAAGUGAGGCUGAUGGUACCGAUAAAACACUUCAGAAUGUGUUGAAGACAUCCCGUAGUGAUGCUGGUACGCUCGAUCUUGCAGUGACGGGUAAAGAUGUGUCCGCAGGUGAAGCAAAUGAUAUGGAUGAUGACGACGAGUUGGCAAAGGCCAUUGCCAUGUCUCUUGAUCGACCUGAAGGACAACAGAAGCCAGCAGAAGGCAGGAGAAUCCCAGUGCUUGAACCUUCUGGUGGUCAAAGUCCCGCGUCUACAUCCUCAACACCUGUGGCACCUACUGCAGUACUGACGCCUGAAGAAAUGAGGAGGAAGAGGCUUGAACGAUUUGGUGCACCAGCUACAUCAAAGUUCAAAGAAACCGGAGUAUUGACUCCCGAAGAAUUCAUCCUAGCCGGCGACUUCCUAGUCUACAAAUGUCCAACUUGGACGUGGGUCGCCGGGGAAGAAUCAAAACGCCGUGAAUAUCUGCCUCCAGACAAACAAUAUCUCAUUACUCGUAAUGUGCCCUGUCUACGUCGUGUUAAAGCUAUAGAAUACCGCCCUGAAGACGAGGACCGUGAAGAACUCGUCCACGAUGACAAUGCCGAAGAUGGCGAGGAUGAUUGGGUUGCCACUCACCAUGGGAAUUCAAUGACGAGAGCUGGUGCUAUGGACGCUGAAGGGGACGAUGACGUCGACAAUGUACCUGCUACUGCUGCCGCCGGGAUAGAUGGCAACAACACUACCACUUCCACCACAUCACCAGACAAUGUCAACACCGAGGCCAUAGUAUCUUCGAUGCAAGAGGCGCAGAUAACGUCAGAGGACGAUCAGCCAAACUAUGACGACAUACCAGAUAUGGAUGAUGGUGAUUUGGGUGUAGAAGAGGAACAUGAUCCUGCUACUUUGACUAGUCACGCAGUCAAGAAAGUGGACUCGACUGGUGCAGAGGCUGAAGAUAGUACUGUUGAUGGUGGUGACAAUGACAAGAUAUUACGUACUAGGACGUACGACAUGUCAAUCACAUACGACAAGUACUACCAAACGCCUCGAGUCUGGCUAUUCGGUUACGACGAGCAUCGUAGACCAUUGACCUCACAACAGAUAUUCGAAGAUAUAUCACAAGAUCAUGCUAAAAAGACAGUCACCAUUGAAACUCAUCCUCAUGAAAACAUAUCAAUGGCUUCUGUACAUCCUUGUCGACAUGCCAAUGUCAUGAAACGAAUCAUUGAUCAUCUAGUAGACGAGGGUAAAGAAAGUGAACUGAGGGUGGAUCAGUACUUGCUCUUGUUUUUGAAGUUUAUGAGCUCGGUUUUGCCUACAAUCGACUAUGAUUACACGACCGAAACUGUUGCGUAA